AUGUCCAUUUCGGUCACGGUCACCCUGCUCAGUGGCGCCCACGCAACAGUUAGCCUUCCUGGAGAUGCAACUGCGGCAGACCUGCGGCAGAAGGCACAGAGGUCUCUACAAACAUCCUUGGGAAAACUUAUUAGUGCCUCUGGAGCGCUGUUAGGCGCAUCUGCCACGUUAGCACAGUCCGGAGUGCAAGAUGGCGACACCAUCACUGCUGUCACACAGGCUGUGGCGGUGGCAGCAUCUGAUCGAGCCUUUGCUCUUAUCCGGGCAGACGGCUCCGUCGUGACAUGGGGUCAUCCUCAUUUUGGUGGUGAUAGCAGUAGAGUGCAACACAAAUUGCAUGACGUGCUGCAGAUCAAGGCUGCCCGCUCAGCUUUUGCUGCGCUGCGAGAGGACGGAGUUGUAGUUUCAUGGGGCUGUCUCUAUGAUGACUUUUCUGAUUCUUCUUCCUCAUCUUCUGAAUCCGAUUCCUCCGUCAACGAGGUGACGGUCAAAUCUAUUCAGAACCAACUUCGUGAUGUGCGACAGAUCCAAGCAACAGGAAAUGCUUUUGCGGCCAUCAAGGAAGAUGGGUCUGUGAUUACCUGGGGUGCUUCGAAGGCUGGUGGAGACAGCGGGUUGGUGCGUGAUCAACUUCACAAUGUGCGGCUGAUCCAGGCGACCGACGCGGCCUUUGCUGCCCUUCGCAGCGACGGAACUGUGGUGACAUGGGGGGAGUACGGCAUGGGUGGGUGCUGUGAUCAUGUGCGAAGCAAGCUGAAGGAUGUUCUGCACAUUAUUGGCUGCAGAGAAGGCUUCUAUGCGAUUACUGCCGAUGGCCACGUGGUGCCUUGGGGGUUCUUUGAUGACGUGAACGAGAUGCACAACACCAUGCUGACAGAGGUGGAUCAGUUUCGGGGUGGUAAAUAUGCCUGGGCGGCCGUGAACAAGGAUGGACAGCUUGCUGCCUGGGACUUUGAUGCGGGACCCGGCAACCCACUCCGGCGCUUCGAAGAGGUUUCGUGCAUACAGGUCUGUGGCUUCGGCUGCCGCUUGGCUUUCGCCAUCCAAGCUAACUCGCAUGCCUUCGCUGCUCUGCGGGAGGAUGGAUCAGUGGUGGCUUGGGGCGCGCCGGGAAGCGGAGGCUGCACAGGUGCGGUGCAAGGGCAGCUGAAAAACGUCACUUAUAUCCAAGCCAACCUUUCAGCCUUUGCUGCAAUCAGGGCCGAUGGAUCUGUCGUAACUUGGGGAUGCCCAGCUUCCGGCGGUGACAGCAAGCAAGUAAAGGAGCAGCUGGGCCGAUCUGAGGAGGACGACCGGAUUCUGUCCCAGGCUUUGGGUGCAGCGAAGGCGAAGAAGCCGAAGGUCAAGGCAAAGCCCAGGGAAAAGCCCAAAGCAAAGGCCAAGGCCAAGGCCAAGGCCAAGGCAAAGGCCAAGGCAAAGGCCAAGGCCAAGGCCAAGGCCAAGGCCAAAGCACAGGUGCUUCCAGUUCGCAAGAGGCCGGCUGCAAAGUAA